AUGAGUCAGAAUCAGGCUACAGAUGGGAAAGACAUGGCAUUACUUGAGAUUAGACUUAGGAAGGAAGAAAAUAGCUCUGAUAUCGUCCAGAGAUUUUAUUGCCAAUGCCAUAUCCUCCUCCACCAACAUCAACUGACCCUAGUGCAUAUUCAGCCCCACCACCAGCAGGCUAUCCGACCAUGGAUGAUCAAACCCACCAGCAGAAACCUGUUCCUGUGGAGACCAAAUCCAGGGGUGAUGGCUUUUGGAAGGGAUGCUGCGCUGCCUUGUGUUGCUGUUGUGUCUUGGACGCUUGCUUCUGAGGAAUGA